ACACUUUUUCUCUCUGGGAGAUGGAGAAACCUGUUUGAUCCCCUGAAGGGCAAAACACACACCCACAUUGUCAUCACCCUCCCAUAGCAAGGCUGGGCCUUGGCAAAGGAAACAAGGCUGGGACACAACACUGCUUUGCCCACACAUUGGCUGUGGCUGCUGAAUGCACAAGACUAGUGUGGGGCAAGCCCUUGCCGCUGUGAGUCCUGUUACGCACUUGGGGACAUCUUUGUGGAAAGACGUCUCACCUGAAGAGUCCAUCUAGACAAGGAUUACGUCACCUAGAGCAAAAAACUGGAAGCUGAAACACAAACAGACCAAGAGGAACCAUGUUGUCCCUUAGUGCCGCAAAAGAUGGUGUUAUCCUACCCAGUGAGGAAGACCGGAAGAGGAUCAUCACUCAGAUGAAAGUGCGGACAACACUGAAAGGGGAUAAGAGCUGGAUCCAGCAGAAAUCAGACUCUGAAGAUGAAUGGAAUCACAGCCCAUUACAUUCGCCACUGAGGACCACUGCCAGAUCGCCUCCUGCACCAAGAUCUGUGUCACCAAAUCGCAGGGUAACCUCUACAGAAUCACCUUCCCAAGCAGAUUCGAAGUCCUCAUUGGCACAAACAAGUCCUUCAAAAAAGAGUUCUGCAGCACCUUCUGGAUAUCUUAUCAGGGGGGUUUUCACCAAGACCAUUGAUAAGUCUCCUGCUUCCAACACAACAUCCAAUGGCUCACCUAAAAGUGCCAAGAAUACUACUAGCACACCCCGUUUCUCCCAAGGGUACAAAAUGACAACCGAUGAAUACAAGAGAUUAGCUCCCUACAACAUUAAGCGGGAACUAUCAGAUCCAGGAGAUGUGGAGCCAUCCGUUUCCCCAGAUGAACAAAAGAAAAGGACUGAAGCUGCAAGCAGUGUGCUCAGGCGAACCGCCAGCAAGGAGCGUUCCUAUGUCCUUUCAGCUGCCAAGAAAAGCAAUGGAAAUCUACCACAAGAUGCACCAUCCUUCAUGGCCAAGAGGACUGAUGAAGAAGAUGACACUGGCCCACGCUCCAGAAGUCAGACCGUGCCGGCCUCAGCGUGGUUCAGUAGCCGUGGGAAGAGUAACAAUGUGGGGAGCAGAAGUCAAGCAUCCAAGCCUACUGAACCUUCAUCCACAUUCAACCACUUUGGUUCCACUGAGAGCAGUAUCAAACCAGAUCAAGGGAAGCAUAAACUGAUUUCCUUGGAGGAGUCUACUUCUCCUUCAAAGGGAAGUGAAAGGUAUGAUAGAACAUCCCAGACUGUGCCAAGUGCUGAAAUGCAAAGCACCACUUUUUCUGAGACCAGCUGGGAAACAACCAAGCCUAAAGAUGCAAUUGGAAAUCAAAUUUCGCAAAUUCCUCACAUUGUCAUCUCCCCAGAGGCAAGCCCAAAGAAAUCUGCAAUGGAUCACAGAGAGACAGACUCCACCAGAGAAUUCAAAUACCAGAGUCCAAGUUCGCAAGUCACAGAACGCUCUGAGCACCAACCAUUCACAGCUAAGACUCAGUCUUUGACAAGGGAUCAGAAAGAUGCUCUCUCAGGACCAAGAUACAAUGUGCCAUCCCACUUUGACAGUGAUGAGGAUGUCCACUCCAAAAGGUCUUUUUCUGGGUUUGAGAGGAAAACCACACAUGAGAUGGCGGAUGAAAGCCCAAGUGACACAGAAUACAAAAAAGUAGAGGCUCACCUGGCAAAGUCUGGCUCGUGGUCCAGUGAAAGCAGUCUUAGUACCAGUGGAACUCAAAGCGAACUAUUGAGAGCUGCUAGAAGAGAUGAAUCAGAGCUGGACACUGCCAGGUCCAGCUCUCUCUCUACAGAGAGUGGUGAUGCUACUCCAGAGAGCCAUCAAGGAGAAAAUGGGUCAGAUGUAGACACAGCAAGCAGGACCUACUACCCAUUCAGAGAUGGCCUAGGGACCGAUUCCUCAAGAAGCCAUAGGGUACCUUUCUACAAGGACAAUUGUGAUACAGACAACAGAAGGAAUGUGCUGGGUUCAGACAAGAAAGCCACAGAUGCUUCCUGCCACUUUAAGAGCCCUUCUGGGUAUGACUCAGACCCCGCCACUUCAAGCAAAGGCCUCCUCUUUGUAAAAGAGUCAGUCAACAGCACGGAGUUAUCCUCCUCACCACGUUAUAACAGUCGCAGCAUGGUUGACUUAUCUGAACUGGAGAAAUUAAGUUACAGCACUUCCAGCUAUCUGAAUAGCAGCCACCCAAAAAGGCCCUUUGAAGACAUGUGCACUUACUGUGGCCGUGAAAUUCGCAACUGUGCUAAGAUAACCAUUGACAAACUCAAAAUCUGCUGCCAUGAAUACUGUUUCCGGUGUGGAAUUUGCCACAAGCCAAUGGGAGACCUCCUGGAUAAAAUCUUCAUUCACCGGGACAUUGUCCAUUGUGAUAAAUGCUAUGAGAAGCUCUUCUAGGACCUCCUGAUUUGGAAGAACAGAAAGAAGCUCGCUUGCAGCCUUGCAGCCAGUGAUGCUCCCAGUGCCUUUGGACCCAGCAAACAUCCUGCCUCCUCUCAAGUUACUUCUUUUCUGCCAUCAUUUCCCAGGGAAAGUGAUCCGCAGCCAUCCAUGGUGCAAUCACACCAUUGUAAUGUAUUGUGUCCUCUCUUCUUGCAUUAGUUUGUAAGGAGUACCAUUUUACCUGCUGCAACUCACGGUAAUCCAGCCCUGUUCUCUUUGGACUUUAUCACACCUGAGGAAUUUCUCUUAAUUUCGAAUGAAAAGAAAGUGGGGCCAGAACGCAUUCAUGUGAUUUUGCUAAUUCAGCGA